AUGCGUGGUUGCAAAUGCACAAUAAACUCAGCUUUUAACUUCAUCCCUGCUGAGUCCAAAUGAGUUAUUUAUCAACGUUCCUUGGGGGAUUGUCCAAAAUACCAAGCGUGGAGGAAGAAAGGCAAUCGUCUUCAAAAGGUGGGGAGGUACACCCCAUUGUGAAGGAACCUUUUCUGCAAGGCUGAAUGCUGUUUCUGCCUCAUCUCCCUGCCCCUCCCUGGACUUUGAGCCUAUCACUUCCUUCUUUCAAUUUCCUGGUUAAAGACUCUUCCUUCAAUACAGCCUAAGCUAUUUAAUUGUCCUCCUUGAACAGAAGCUGACUGAGGACUGAAGUGAGACCCUCCAUUCCUUCCUUUCCCAGAGGAGGUACACCCCUAAGGCAGGUUUCUAGACCUGACAAAUAAAGACCUUGCUCUUAAGGGAAGAGGAAUAGGGCUGAAGAGAGUUUAGUACAAAGGGAACAGGGACGUAAAAAUCCAUCUUGAUGGAAAACAAAAAUGACCAUUUACCCAGCUCUGUUCCGAAAUGCCCCUCACCGAGUACUUCAACUGACACACAGGAUUUACUGAAGUCUCUCCUUACCUGCUCCAUCUGCUUGGAUCUGUUUCGACAUCCUGUCUCCCUUGAAUGUGGUCACAACUUCUGUGCUAAAUGCAUCAACAGUUAUUGGAACUCAGGUGUUCCAGGUUCCCAACCACCUCUAUGCCCUGAGUGCAGGAGGAGAUGUGAUAGGAGGCAGCUAGUUCCAGACACACGGCUCCAGAAUCUAUUAGAGAAUAUGAACUUGCUACAGCAGAAUGCAGACUCAACACAGAAGCCACGUGAUGUUUGCAACAGAGAGGCAAAGCAGCUGGUUCAAGUGAACUCCAGAAAGGAUUUGACCCUCUCUCUAGAGGUUCUGGAUCAAUGUCUGAAUCACCCUCAAGCCAAGAACAGUCCGGUCUGUCUCAUCUCUGUCCAGGGGGAACAGAGAACAGGAAAGUCCUUCCUUCUCAACUAUCUAAUCCGAGGACUGCAGGGUAUGAAGUCCAAGGAUCCCCAGUGGAUGAGAAGAGGAAGCGAUCUUUCAGAGUUCCAGUGUGAACCAGGAGCCAAGGCCAUCACCAAGGGCCUGUGGCUAUGGAGCCAGCCAUUCAUUCUGCAGAAGGAUGGGAGGAAGGUGGCUGUGUUUCUUGUGGACACAGAAGGGACCAUAAGUCUAGAACAGGACAAGGAAAUGAAUGCCAAGCUCGUGGCCUUCAGCAUGCUGCUCAGCUCUCAUCAGAUUCUCAAUGUCUCUCGGAUGGUGAAGGAAACAGAUCUGGAGUAUCUGGAGAUGUGCCUCCAUAUUGCUGAAGAGAUAGGAGAAUGUUUUAAGAUGGAACCAGUGCAGCAUCUGAAUCUCUUAGUUCGCGACUGGUUUUAUCCAGCUACAUUUGGAAAGGAGGCAGGUCAAAAACACAUGAUUGAUGUGAUCCAGAAAAUUUCUGACAGAUAUCCCAGGAUUCAGAAGAUUCUUAAAAGCAAACAAGCCUGCUGCUAUCUCUUGCCAUUUCCUGGGAAAAAAAUACCAACUAGCAGCAAUGGAAAUCCAGAAGACAUGGAUCCAGAUUUCUAUCACUAUCUACAUGACUACAUCACUGAUGUUUGCAAGUCAUCCACCCAGCAUGUGAAAAGGCACUCAGAUGGACAUAUUCUCACUGGGGAAGAAUUAGCUGAGAACAUGAAGAAACUUUUCAGCAUAUUACAGAAGAAAGAAUUUGGAUAUUCUUCCUUGUUUGAGUCGGUGGUUACUGGACUGUAUAAUAUGAGGAUUAUUGAAGCUGCUAGAAAAGAGUUGGAGGACUUUGUGAAGGAACAGGAUUCUUCCACAAAGUCCAUGUUUACUUCUUUGAAGACUCUGCCUGGAACCAUGUGGACACGCCUCUCAACUAAGAAAGAUACAAUCUUAAAUAGUCUCAAAGAGACUUUGAAGGGCCCAGGGAAGAAUCAAAUCUUGAACAAUUUUAAGGAAGAGAUUGAGAUGAGAGUUCUGGACUCCUAUAAAUCCUAUAAAAAUCGUUUCUGUGGCCAUACUGCUGCCGUGGGUGGACUUCUUGGGGCUGGAGUCCUUGGGGUGGCAACUGGUGGUAUAAUGGCAGUUGGUGCGGCAGCCACUGCUUUGACUAUGGAGGGUGUAGCUGUGGCUACAGGGGCCACAGUGGGUGCCACAGUGGUUGGGGGUGGUGUAGGGGCUGGCGUUGGGGCUGCUGUGGGUCUGGCUGGCGUUGAGGCUACUGAGGUUAUGGCCAAAAGAAAGCAAAAAGUUCCUGAAGAGGGAGAGGAAAACCCCCUUCUCAGGGAUGAUGAAUGAACCCUGGAAAUCAAGUAGAAAGAAGGAGGGAGGGAGAAAAAGCAAUGAAGUAUAGGGCCCUUUGGGUUACCAGAUCUGGCUUGUUUAACAGGAUUAGGGGACUGGGGUGGUGCCUAUGAUACUGUUGGAUAUUUGACCCAGCAGGUAAGAGGUGCACUCAUAUUUGCUGACUUAGUAGGACAAAGCAGUGCUUAGGACACAUAGCAUAUGGUGGCUUUAGGGUGCAUUUCAUGGGCCAAUAUGGUCUGUCACUAAUUUUAUGACCUUUCUAGAUCAGGUCUUCCCUGGGUUCCCUUCCUACUGUCUAUUUGUAAUUGACCCUCCCCCUCCUAACUCUCUGUUCCCAACUGAGGAGGCAAUGAUUUCCCCUGUCCUCUGAGACUGGCCACAGAAAAGUGUCCUGUAUUAGCUCUAUUCCCUGAGGCCAGCUAGGUCUUGGCCUCAACUAGGAGUGUAUGGAUGGUCCAUACCAUCUAAAUAGUUCCUGAAAGGACAAGAUAAAGCCUAGCCCCCAAAUCCCAGUCUAAAGCAGACAGGAUACUAUUUUGUACCCCAGAGAAGUUUAUUGAUCACAGAGAACUUAGACCAGAUAAAAAAAAAA